UGUAAUAAACACGGAAGUGAGUGCACAGUGGGGCGACGUAACGACAUGAGCAAACCGAGCUUUGAUGUGACGACCGCGUUUGUUGUCAACCUUCACUUACCGUCGACGUACGACCUGAGCCAACAUGAAGACGACCCCCGUGAGCUUCACGUUUGCUUGACGUCACUACAAUGACGAGGCGGACGUGCACUCAGCGGACUGUUGUACGUGAUGCUACGUGAGCUAGCAACCUGAGCUAACCUGCAGGGGGAGACAAAGCAGCAUUAUCAGACUGGAGGCAAGCUCUCACAUGAAACAUGAAACGGUCUGCCCGAGGUCGAUCACAGGAGGAAAAUCCUGAAAAUGACCUGCACAAACUAAAGCUACAAUAUCGCCAAGCUAUAAAAGACAAACAGGCUUAUGAUGAAAAAAUUCAAAGCCUUCUGCUGAAAGACAGCAGGGAGAUUGAAAGACUCCAGACUGAACAUGAAGAACUAUUACACAUCCUCACCAUCGCUCAGAGUAGUUGUAACCAAAAAAAAGAAGUUAAUGCUUCUCAAGAUCUCAAUAACCUUUUGUCCAGCGAGGAGAGAAUAGAGGAGGAGCUACGAACAAACAAAACCAAACUGGUGUCUUUUAAAAAGCAGAUUUUAGAAUGGGAGAGGAAGCUGGUGGCACAGAGGGGGGGCACUGCACCACAUAAUACAAAAUGUGAAGACAACUCCAUAAAGGAUAUCUUGUCAAAAGAGGACAAAUUGUACAAGGGUCACAUAUGCUUCAAUGAGCUGACAAUCAGGAAUGACCAAUUAAGGAAGGAACUAGAAAUUCUGGAGAUGGAGAAGAAUGAGUUCCUGCAAAUUCAGCUUCAGCUGAAAAAGGAGCUGCAAGCCAUUCGCAAGGAAAUUUCUGACUUGAGUGCUAUGUGUACUAAAGCCAACAAUGCCAGCGUUGCAAUCCAGGUAAAGCAGAAGAAGCUGAAGGAACAGAGGGCUCAGUUCGAAGCUCAGUACACUCAAACUACAACCAACUUAGAGCAUGAAAUUGCCACGCACUGCAACCUUGAGGCUAUGGUAAACGUGAAGAACGCCGGUGACGAGGGCAGUGAUCACAACAAAGAGGACCUGAUGGAGCAGCUGCAGAAAUUGACCCAUCUGGAAGAUACCAUCAGGAAAAUCCUAAUAGAGACGGGAGAGAAUGAGCUGAACACGCUGGUAGCAAACUUCUUAGGAAUGGAGGAGGAGAACUAUUCUUUACUGAGCUUUGUCAACUAUCAGCACUGGAAUGUUGAGGACCUUAAACAGCAGAUCACUCAGCUUUACAAGGAGAGCGAACUCUUUGUCACUGAGCAGAAACAGCAGGCUCAGGACCGCCAAGCUCUUCAGGCAGCCAUUUCCACCAAGCAAGACACUAUUGAGGAGCAGCUGUGCGGCUUCGAAAAGCGAAUUGACUUCCUUCAAAAUAUCCUAGAUCACCUUAAAAAAGGUGUCCAAACAUUACUUGACAUCAGCUAUGAAGGUACUGACAUGUCCAGCACAUUGAGCACUUGUGACAGAGCCCUGGAUGAGCACAUGACAGCGUGCUUGAAGCUGGUGGAAGAAAAAGUCAAUGGUCUCCUAAAUCUGCAGUCCAUCAUUCUCUUUCAGGAGAGCUUAACACAGUGUGACCUCGCUAGUGACGGCUUUGGUUCCAUAGCGGAUCAACUGCGGGGGAAAGGGAACGCCCAAGCAGCCAACCUGUCCACCGCAGCUUCAACCCCGCCACCUGAUGAGGACAAAGCCCGGAAAGGCAGUCGUUCCGGAAGCAAGGGAGCAAAUGAGAGGAUAGCUUCCCACAGCAGCCCAUAAGUGGACUCAAAGAGAACAAAGACAGAGGGACCAGGGGUCUGUGUUGUGCAUAGUAUAUGCAUCAACAUUAAUGAGCUACUCUACAUUGGCCAUGGAUGAUGGCCAAAAGUGGGCUGGUCCUGAUGUGGAGAUGUUUUUAUGUGGACUACUGCAGCUUUCCUGCACAUGUCUACUUUUAAUGUGGAUCCUAUGCAAUUUUUUUACACCAGGCCCCAGAUGACCUGCUUCUCCUGAAUUGGGCUACCAGCAAUGGCCCGUCACAGCAAAAAAGUGUGGACUGUGAAAAAGUCUGUCUCUGGGCUUCCAACUUGUAGAUAACACAUUUACAUACAUUGUGUUGUGAGGCUUGUAGUUACAGUCUCAGGUUCAAGCAGAAUGGAAGUCAGUGGAACUAAAGAAAAACAGUUGGUUAUAAAUACAUGUUUACAUGGGUAGCUGUUUUAGAUAUCAAUUCAUAACCAUUUUUACCCUGACCAUAGACUUGCAGUGUCCAUUCCCCUUAAAAGUACAUCAAAUGUCCACAGCACUUUUCACAUGCAUGGGUUACUAAGUGCUUUACAAUGCAGGUGCAAAAUGCAAGUCAGAGGGAAAGAAAAACAGCAACAAGACGGGGAAGAUAACCUGAGGAAGGAGAGAAAUAAGUACAUUAGAGGAGGUAAAACCAUGAACAAAGAUGUCUUCCCAGUGGUGUGAAGAAACAGGAUAUUGUUUUAAUGAGAGUGUCAAAUGGGACAGUCAGCAAGGGGAGAGGUUAUGGAUUUCACUAGACCGCAAUGAGAAAAUUAAUCUGACGCUGUUGAGAAUUUGACCUAAAAGGUAACUAUAGUAACGGACCUAGGAUGGUACCCUGUGGGACAUCGUAGGGGUGGCUAGAAGGGUGCUUUCACACCCCUUUUGGUUCCUUUUUACAGGUGAGAACCGCAAACACUUGGUGACCCAUAACCUCUAACUAAAGUUGACAUGCCUUACUGUGCCGCCAGACUUAUGGUUCGUAAGAACAUUUUAAAAAGGCAGGCAUGGUGUUAAAAAGCCAUUGAUGUAUAUGCAGAGUGCACAAAUACAAUCUGAAAGUCUUCGUUCAAGUAUUUCCUUGAUUGGGUUACUGUGAGACAUCAUGUCACAGCCAGUUUAUGUUAAUUAAGCAUAAAUAAUAAAAUUAAAUGUUACUGAGCACACAAAUAUUAAAAGUGUACCCCACCACAAA